AUGAGAUCCAGUUCUGGCAACAUGGAAAGGAUAGUUAUCUGUCUGAUGGUCAUCUUCUUGGGGACAGUGGCCCAUAAAUCAAGCUCCCAAGGACAAGAUCACCUCAUGAUUAGAAUGAAUCAGCUUAUAGAUACUGUUGAUCAGCUGAAAAAAUAUGUGAAUGACUUGAAUCCUGUAUUGUUGAGAGCUCCAGAAGAUGUAAAGGAACACUGUGAGCACUCAGCUUUUUCAUGUUUUCAGAAGGCUGAACUCAAGUCGGCAAAAACAGGAGGCAAUGAAAAGAUAAUCAAUGUAUUAAUUAAACAAUUGAAGAGGAAACUACCUCUCUCAAAGACAGGGAGAAGACAGAAACACAGACAAACAUGCCAUUCAUGUGAUUUUUAUGAGAAAAAACCACCUCAAGAAUUCCUAGAAAGAAUGAAAUCACUUCUCCAGAAGAUGAUUCAUCAGCAUCUUUCCUAG